AUGAAUGACCUUAUUAAUGAGGAGAAAAAUGUCGAAUGUCUCAAUUUGAAGGAUAUACGGUUGAAUGCAGAGAAAUAUAAUUGGCUCGAAAUUUUUGAGAAAGAGAAUUCUUAUGUUUUUUGUAAAGACAAUGUUAAAAUUAAUAUUAUAGAUUUGAAAGGACUAGUGACAAUAGAAGUAAAAUUAUUAAAUGGUAUAUCAUAUAAGAUGUGUAGGAGUAAUAUCAAGAUAGAUGAAAUAUCUAGUUUUUUUGGAUCUUCAAAUAAUUAUUCUUCAUAUAAUGAUAUAAUAAAUAAGACUAUUUUAUGUAACUACAAUUUGAGUGUUAAGGAAAAAAUUGACCUUUUUAAUAAAAACGAUAAAUCAUUUUUAAAACAAGAUAAAGAUAAAAAUAUUUCGAAAUGUGCAACCAAUAAUGUGAUAAGCUAUAAUAUUAUUAAUAAUAAUAAUAAUAAUAUAAUUAAAGGUAAAAAUAUAAAAUGUAAUCAUAUGACUAAUCAGAAUUUUCAUUUAAUGCAAAGGGAACCCUUUGGAAAGGUAGAAAAAAUAUAUACUAAAAGAAAAGAGCAAAAUAUAUUUAUAAAAACAGACAAAAAAGAAGACAUAUUAUUACUCCAUAAAAAUAAAUUGCUUGCUAAUAUAGCAAAUGAAGAUGUAAAUAAUAAAAUAUGUAUCGAUGAAAAUGUUGAAAGAAUGAUAUGUACAUCCAAAACAAUUCUAAGCUUAAAGGAAAAUAAUAAAAUUUCGAGAUCUCCAUACGAUAUAACAGAUAAAAAAUAUACAAGUAACAAGUUUGUAUAUAAUGAUAUGGGUGUUCAUAAUGUCGUUGAAAAAAAGAAAAGUAAUAGAAAAUUAAAAAAUUCUAAAAAAUUAAAUAAAUUAAAAAAAUUAAAAAGUACAUCAUACGAAUUAUUAUAUUUUUAUAAUAAAACAAAUAAGAUAUGUAAUAAUAUUAUAUUAAACAAAAUAUAUUACUUAUGUUUCUUUAACAAUUUCUUUUCUUAUCGUACAUUAUAUGAAUAUAAAUAUAUUUAUAUAUACAACAGUAAAGGGAAAAAGGAGUUAAAUAAAAGAACAGGGGAAAAAUUAUUUAAUCAUUCUUUUGAAAGAAUGUUUAUAAACAUGAGUAAAGACAAUACAUAUGAUAAAUGUAGACGAAGUAAGAAGAAUAUUCAUAAUGUUAUAUGUCCAUAUAAUAAUAUUUUUAAUGGUAUUAAUAAAAAAGAAGUGUACGAUAAUUAUGGUGAUAAUAUAUAUCCUUAUAAUUAUAGUACAAGGAACCCAUAUAGAAUAUACCAGAUAAAAAAGGACAAAUUCGUAACACAUAAUUUAUAUAUUAAAAAAAAAUAUUAUAACAACAACAAUAAUAAUAUUAAUAAGAAGAAGAAUACAUCAUGUAGAUCUUAUUUCACGAAAUAUAAUACGAAUAAAUAUAUAAAAAACUAUACAACAAACAAAUAUAACAUACAUAAUGAACCAGACAAAAAAUAUUCUAUAUACCAUAAGAACUAUAGAUGUAAUGGGAAUAACUUUUUAUAUAAAGAUUUGAACAUUUUCAAGGAAAAAUAUGUACACAAUGGUUCCGAUAAUAAUAUUAAUAUGUGUAAUUAUUUUAAAAUAUAUGAAAUGAAUAAUGCUGAGAACACUUAUAACCAUUUGGAUAUACAAACAUUUAAUGAUAUAAAAAGGGAAGAAUAUAAUAUAUAUCAACCAAUGUAUGGAAUAAUAAAUAAUACAUAUAAUAAUUAUCAUACUAAUAAAUGUAAUAAUAUGAAUAAUUAUAUACAUAAAAAUAUUAAUGAAUAUAAUUCAUAUGAUUUAAAUAACAAUAUAUAUAAUACAUUAACCAUUGAUGAUAACAAUUUGGGUAAUCAUAAUAUUUACGAAAUGUUUUGUAACAAUUCUUACGACAAAAGAUUAACAAGUGUAUCUUGUUAUAUGCAAAGAGUAUAUAAUAAGUCUUAUAUGAACAAAACAGCAAAUAUAUUAAACAAGAAAUAUAAUAAUCUUUUAUAUUCAAAUGAGGAAAUGUUUAAUAAAUCACAGAAUAAAAAAGAAAAAAUAAAAAGAAUUAUGUAUAUAGAGAAUGAUAUGAAGAAAUUAUAUGUUAAUAAAGGUGUAAAUAAUAAUUUUAAAUAUCAAUAUAUAUAUGAAGAAUUAGAUAGAUUUAAUCACAUAUCUCCUUCAAGUUAUAAAAAGAAGAACCAAUUACAAAAUGUGAAAAAUGAAAUAUAUAAAAAACUUUCUUAUUUAAAAAAUUUUCAACACGAUAUGAACAAAAAUAUACCGCGCUAUUAUUUUUUUAUAAAGCAUUUACUACAUGAUUAUUGUAAAAAAAAGUUGCACAUCUGGUUGAAGGUUAUGCUAGUUAAACAAAAAUGUGGAUAUUGUAACGAGCAUUUUGAAAAUAUAGAUAUCUUAGAAAACCAUUUAAAAUAUGUAAAAACACAUAAGGUUUUUUAUUGUUGUCAAAAACCUUUUCCUUCAUUAAAAUAUCUAUAUAUCCACCUUAAGAGAAAAAAUCAUUAUGGUUAUAUAUAUUAUUAUUAA